AUGGAAACUCUGUCAGACACAACUUGGGAUGUGAUCAUCCAAGGGACUGGCUUUUGCCAGUCUCUACUGGCACUGGCCCUCUCACGAUCUGGAAAGAAGGUUCUUCACAUGGACUCAAACCAGUACUAUGGUGGUCCUGAUGCAGCCUUCAGUCUUGAUGAGGCCCAGGAAUGGGUAACUGAAGUCACUCAGGACAGACACCCACUAUUCAGAGAUGCCUCGGUCUUGACUCCACAAGAAAUACUAGACCUUUUCCCUCCCACAGAAAGCUCUGAGACACCAAAGCUUGCAUCUAGUCGGGCGUACACUUUGUCCUUGUCUCCGUGUUUUCUCCAUGCCCGCUCUGAACUAAUGUCCGCUCUUGUGUCAUCCAAGGUCUUCAGACAGCUGGAGUUCAUGGCAGUCGGUAGCUGGUGGAUUUAUACACCCGAGAAAUCAGGCUCUGGCAGUGGUGAACCAGGCGCGGAGAAGACUUUUCACCGUGUCCCUGGAAACCGGGAGGAUGUGUUCGCCGCGUCUCACAUUAGUAUGAAGUCCAAGAGGACACUCAUGCGGCUCCUGCGUCACAUCACUAAGUCCAGUGAAGAUGAAGGCCCGUCUGAAGACGAAGAUCUAUCUAUGCCAUUCAAGGAUUACUUGACUUCCAAGUUCAGUGUCCCGCCGGAACUUCACGAUCCUCUCCUGUCGCUGUCUUUGUCUCAGCAGACUCAACAGGAUACCCCCGCAAGCUAUGCUAUACCCAAAAUCCAGAGGCAUCUAGCAUCCAUCGGAUAUCUUGGUCCUGGCUUCGGAGCUGUCAUAGCCAAAUAUGGCGGAGCCCCUGAAAUACUUCAAGCUGCUUGUCGUGCCUCCGCUGUGGGAGGGGGUAUAUACGCUCUGGGCACAAAGGUAGUAGACUGCAAGUGGCGCGAAACGCCCGAACAUUCUGAGAAUCCUUUCCUUGUCACACUGAAAAAUGAGGGCGAUGUUCAGUCUAAAUUAUUCUUUUCGGCAUCGCAGUCCGGGGACUCCGAGUCAUUGAUUGAGGUUGCUCGCUCGGUCAGUGUGCUAUCAGGCACCUUCUCCUCCCUGUUCCCGAUCGCAGUCGAAGGCGCCCCAUUGCCUGCAACUGCAGUCCUCAUGUUCCCGGGUAAUACUUUGGGCAUGCCGGAAUCCCCAUCUGUUUACCUUCAGGUCCAUUCCAGCGACACUGGCGAAUGCCCUCAUCAGCAGAGUGUCGUUUAUUGCAGCGUGGCUUUACCUGGCACCGAGGGUCAGUCUCUUCUGCAGAUCGCCCUAGAACGGCUUAUUGCCACUGAAACUUCGGUUCGUGUGUUGUGGUCUAUGCGAUACACCCAGCGCGGUCGGUCUAGUACCGACGGGACCCAAUGGCCUCUCCAAGAGGAAUCUUGUCCUGGUUCUUACCUGUUCCCUCCACCAAGCCUUGACUUUGCCUUCGAAGAUGAUACCCUUGGCAUUGUCAAAGAGGCUUGGAAGAAAGUCGUAGGAGAUGAUAUAGAUCAUGAUUUCAUGAUGUUUGAUGAUCGCGAAGGCACUCAUGACAAUGAUUCCUUUCUCGCCAUGCCUCUCGAUAGCGUGACCGGUCUCGCGGGGCAACUCCCCGUCAACCAAGUCGAAUCAACCACACGGGGAGUAACCAAAAAUGUGCCAACCAAACAGUUAAAUCAAACGACCAAAGAUUUAACCGACCCUGUCAUCCCUGGAGAGUUCCCUUCAGACGAUGCACCGCAAAAAGGACAAGGAGUGGACAACAAUCUCUCAUUCUCGUCAAUAUGGACCACAAUGACCAACUGGUUUUCUACACUUUUCCCUCAAGCCUUCGACUAUUUCGAGUCCCUCGUCCAAAAACUAGUCGCCUGGCUUCUUCCUCCACCCCGUCAAGCCGCAAUGUAUGAAGCUGCACUGAAGCGCCCCGCUGCCACAACCUUCCUCGUUUGCCAGGCGAUAUGCUGCGGUGUGCCUUUACUGGUGUUCUUGGCGGGCGUCUUUGUGUUUGCUGCUGUCUCGAUACUGCUUUGGGCUGUUCUCUCCUUGUUGAUUCUCGGUCCGGUCUUACUGGUUACAAGCAUGAUGGGCGUGUCCUUGUGGGGCUGGGGCUGGGUCCUCUACGGCCUGGUCAAAUGGGUUGAUCAACGGUUCUUGGGUGGUAUAAUUACACGGUUCUGGCUCACGCAUUCACCGCCAGAUGAAGAAGAUGAAAGUCAGUCUGAGGAACAGAAGAAAGAGGAUUAA